AUGAUGAUGAUCAUGAGGCAACAAAACAGAGUCAUUUCGGCGGCGGUGUCCCUGAUUCUCCUGUCGGCACUAAUGGCGGCGGCGGCGGCGGCGGAGUCGAAACCCACCAUCGCGACGACGCAGCACUGGCACUGGCCGUGGGGGCCGCGCACGAGGGUGACGAUAACGAACCGGAUCUCGGGAUGGAGACAGCUGAAAGUGCACUGCAAAUCCGGGAACGACGACCUCGGCGUCCAGGUGCUGAACCCAGGGGAAGGUUAUCGCUUCAAGUUCUGGCCGAACGUCCAAGGGACGACGCUGUUCUACUGCUACUUCAAUUGGGGGGAAGGGCUCCGCCGGUUCGACAUCUACGAUCAAGACAGGGACUCCAAGCGCUGCAAGACGUGGUGCCCGUGGGACAUCAAGGAGAGCGGGCCGUGUGUGAUCACCAAGGAUUUCACGUCUUGCUUUCAGUGGAAAAAAUAA